UGUGAGCAAAAUUUGACGGAGGCCAGCUCCAUUAGGGAUCUCAGUGAAGCUGCGGAGGAGUGGCCCGAUCUCAACGCGACGUUGCUUGGAGUCUCGCAAUCGUGAUUGAUCGCAACGUUAAUCCUGUCUCGGAGGAGCUGCUGUGGUGAUCUCGGCCCUGAUUUGAUCCCCAAUUCAUUUGUUAUCGCUAGUGUUGUGGUGCUGUGAGCCAUGGAGGCGCAACAGCAGCAGCAGCAGCAGGGCGGGGGACCUCGUGCAACGCUGCUGGAGGCUCUGCAGGCGCUGUAUCAUCACCCCGACCCUUCCAUUCGCAACAAUGCCAACCAAUGGCUCGAUGAUUUUCAGCACACUUUUGAUGCAUGGCAGAUUUCGGACAGUUUGCUUCAUGAUCAGAGUAGCAGCCUCGAGGCACUGUACUUUGCGGCUCAGACUAUUCGAACUAAGGUGCAAAGGGAUUUUGAAGACUUGCCAGCUUCUGCACCAACUUCACUUCGUGCUUCUCUAAUGGCGCUGCUAAUGAAAUUUAGACAAGGACCAGCUGCCGUCAGAACUCAGCUGUGUCUUGCAAUGGCAGCUCUCGCCGUGCAAAUGCCCCCAGAAGAGUGGGGUCAUGCAGGAGUAAUACAUUGGCUUGGCCAGGAGCUGGGAUCUCAGUCUGAGGCUAUUCCCGUCCUCCUCGAGUUGUUAGCUGUUUUCCCUCAGGAAGCAAACAGCUACAAAAUUGCAGUACGACCAGAGAGGCGCAGACAAUUCCAUCGUGAAAUGGCUUCUUCUGUGCAGUAUGCGUUUGACUUGCUUAGCUCUUGCUUACGUGAUGGUUCUAUUCAAGUUCGGGAGCAGGUACUUCGAGCAUUUGCAGCAUGGAUGCGAUUCAGCUUUGGGAUCAGUGCGACUACCCUCGCCUCCCAUCCUUUGGUGGCAGCCUCACUUGCGGGACUAAAUUCUGAAGAGACAUUUGAUGCUGCAGUGGAUGCCGUGACAGAGCUAAUUCGCUUCACUGUGAGUGGGAGUCCUGUCGAUUUGUCUAUCCAUAUGCCUCUAGUGGUAGUAUUGGUUCCUCAGAUUAUGGCUUUGCAGCCUCGAUUUGCUGCAACUGUUAAGGCUGCGUACGCUGAAAAGCAAGCUCAACAAGGGGUUAAUGUCGACCCAAGUCAGCAAGGAGAAGAAGAGGACGAAGAAGUUACGAAGGGCAUGGCUUACUUAUUUGCGGAAAUCGGUGAAUCAUAUGUUGAUUUGAUUGCCAGCGGGUCUUCCGAAUCCCUCAUGAUUGUCGAAGCACUAGCGGAGGUCACAUCACAUCCUGAUGACAAUAUCGCUGCUAUAACGUUCAACUUUUGGCAUCGUUUGAGCCUUGCGCUUACAACUAGAUCGGAGCUUCAUGGAUCAGCUGAAGGAGAGGCUGCUAUUGAUGUAGAAAGGGAACGAAGGCUGGCAACCUUCCGCCCAACGUUUGAGCUUCUAGUGUCUUUGGUUAGUUGUCGUGUUACGUAUCCUCCAGGAUUUGAAACCUGGAGGAAAGAUGAACUCGCUGAUUUCAAGUCCACCAGAUAUGCUGUAGCAGAUAUGCUCAUGGAUGCGGCUGCUGUUCUUGGAGGUCAAGAAACUCUGAGGCUUCUUGCCCAGCCUCUGCUGCAGCUCGCUGCAAGCGCCAGAGGUGGAGGUUCUUGGGACUGGCGUGCAGCAGAGGCUUCGCUUUACUGCAUUCGUGCUAUUGGGAAAGCAGUUCCGGCUCGAGAAGAUGCUUACAUGCCUCAGGUCUUGGCGCUUUUAUCCCAGCUGCCUUCACAACCUCAGCUCAUCUAUACCUCAUCGUUGACUAUAGCAGCCUAUGCGGAUUGGCUAGGUGGCUCACCAAAUGCACCUACUCUUUUGCCAUCUCUUUUGCAACUACUUACCAGUGCUUUGUCAGCACCUGAAGAUGCUUGUGCUGCCGCUGCAUUAGCUUUGAAGCAUGUUUGCGAUGCAUGCAGAAAGUUAUUAGCAGGUUCAGCGGAUGCUCUUCUCAAUGUCUACCAGCAAGUAAUGAGUGGAAAGAGUAAUUUCAACUUGUCUUCAGACGAUGAACUUCAGUUGAUUGAGGGCAUGAGUUUGAUGGUCAGUGCGCUGCCACCAGAUCGACUUGGGUCUGCGCUAGAUGCUCUCUGCAUCCCGAUUCUCGCACCUUUACAGCAAGUGGUUACAGCAGCACAACAAGCAGGAUCUUCACAGCAGUUUACUUCAAACCAGUAUACUGUACAUAUUGAUCGGAUAACUAACAUUUUCAGAUAUGGCAGUGAGCCUGACCAUUUGGCAGAUGUUUUCCAACGAAUGUGGCCAAUUUUGAAGGCUGUUUUCACGCAACGGGCAUCUGAUAUGAGGACCAUGGAGAAGUUAUGUCGGGCCUGCAAAUAUGCUGUACGCAACUGCGGAAGUGCCCUUGGAAGUGUAAUGGGCUCAAUGCUAGAGGAGGUGCAAGAGCGUUAUCAACAGCACCAUCAUUCAUGUCUCUUGUAUCUUGCUAGUGAAGUCAUUAAGGUAUUUGGUAGCGACAAUGCUUGUGCAGGAUAUCUAGGUACUCUGAUAUCAGUUCUUUUUGGACAAUCGAUAUCGAUGUUGACAACUAUUAAGGACUUUACUGCGCUACCUGAUGUUGCUGAUGACUGCUUCUUAUUAGCAUCGCGUUGCAUACGUUACUGUCCACACUUGCUAGUAACUACCACCAUGUUACCACCAUUGGUAGACUGUGCCAUGACUGGCAUAACUAUUCAACACAGGGAGGCAUGUCGUUCAAUUUUGACCUUUUUCCAAGAUAUCUUGGAUGUACCCACAACUUUCACAGGAAAGCAUUACGGAGGAGCUGUUGAUGCAGUUUUCCUUCCUCGUGGUGCAACUUUGACGAGAAUUUUAUUGGCUGCUUCUGCCGGGGCUCUACCAGAAUCACGACUUUCCGAGGUUGGACAUGUGUUGAUGGCAUUGGCACGCCUUUAUAAUUUCCAAGUGGUGCAGUGGGCACAAGAAGCGGCUGCUCUGAUUCCCUCGAAUGUAGUGACAGAGGGAGAGCGCAUGAACCUCCUACAGGCUAUUCAAUCCGCAGCCUCAGGAUCAGAUUCCAAUUCCUUAAUAACCUCCUUGGAGGAGUUCUCUGAGGUCUGUCGUCGCAACAAAAAAGUCCAGGAGGCCGUCCAAAGUGUUCUGUAGCCGUCGCGCGUCUCGGUGGCUCCUGUGAAUUAGAACCUUUCCAAAGCUGUUACCAUAUUUAUUAGCAUGUCGUAUGUUGUAGACGUCGAGGAGGGAGAUUUAACUUUCCACUCGGUGGAUUUCAGAACUUUUUAUUAAAGUUCAGUGCAGUUAAGCAUUCAAAUUUAUACGCGGUGGGUUAUUUGUCGGUGGCGACUAUUUUUAACAUGAAACGAUGUAGAGAUGGAAAUAUUUUUUAUUUUUUUAUUUUUUUCAGUUUUUUCUUGUAGUGUCUGAGCUGUAGAUUAUUAAUUUGGUCUUUGGACCCAUUGAGUACUU